CCCGCACACUUCUGGUUCUGAUACAGACUCAGAAAGAAUCCACCAUGGUGCUGUCUUCUGACGACAAGGCCAACAUCAAGGCUGCCUGGAGCAAGGUUGGCGGCCAUGGUGCCGAGUAUGGCGCGGAGGCCCUAGAGAGGAUGUUCCACAGCUUCCCCACCACCAAGACCUACUUCCCGCACUUUGACUUAAGCCACGGCUCCGCCCAGAUCAAGGUCCAUGGGAAAAAAGUGGCGGAAGCGCUGACCAACGCCUCGAACCACCUAGACGACCUGUAUUCUGCCCUGUCCGACCUGAGUGACCUGCACGCCCACAAGCUGCGUGUGGACCCGGUCAACUUCAAGCUCCUGAGCCACUCUCUGCUGGUGACCCUGGCCAACCACCACCCGAAUGAAUUCACCCCUUCGAUCCACGCCUCCCUGGACAAGUUCUUUGCCGCUGUGGGCACCGUGCUGACUUCCAAAUACCGUUAAGAUGGAACCUCGACGGCCCCGCCCACUGCCCGCCGGGCCUUCCGGACCGACCCUUGUCCCCUCCUCGCACCUGCAUCUCUUGGUCUUUGAAUAAAGUCUGAGUGGGCAGAGCCUG